UGAACAAGUCGUAGCAGAAAACCUCAAAGCGAAUCAGCUUAUUAUAAACGAAUUAAACGAGACAGAAAUGGACGAAAAAUCUCCUCUCAUGUCGGUGCAAAACAGUACAGAUGAUGCGUAUUCACAAACAAGAAAACAAAGCUCUUCACGACAACCAUUUAUCCAUAAUUCGAUGCAGAACUUACUGGGCAAACCAGAGGAUAUUGACCGUUCAGCAAUUUAUCACAGAUAUAAGUACAUUGCUAAAUUAUCUGGGCACAGUACGCAUAUGAUAAUACCAGAUCACAUGCUACCAGUAGAAGUGUUUCUUAUAUUCCAAGGCAAUGUACAAAACAAGCAGAGCAGUAUUAUCACAAUUUUCUCAAUUUGGAAUACCAUGAUGGGAACAUCUAUAUUAAGCAUGCCUUGGGCUCUAAGCCAGGCAGGAUUUGGCUUUGGCCUUGGUCUUAUGCUUGUCAUAGCAGCAAUUUGUUUAUACACUGCUUACCUGAUUCUUAAAUCAUCACAACCAUUUGUCAAACAUGGUGAAAUGGUGGAGUUUGGUGACAUUUGCAAGCAUCACUUUGGACGUGCUGGAGAGUUUGUUGCUACGUCUUUUUCUAUCACUGCCAUUGGUGGAGCUGCCAUUGUGUUUUGGGUUUUGAUGUCCACAUUUCUUUACAAUAGUGGCAGGUUUAUUCAUGAAAGUUCCUUGGGUGCUUUUCCCAAUAAUCAAUCUAGUACUGAAGUUCUGUGCCCAUUGCAUGAACAUGCAAAUACAUCAGAUGUUAUUCCAAACUCUCUAGUCCAUGCAGACAAGUCUUCUUUUUACAAGAUUUGGAAAAAAAGAGAAACCAUACCAUUCUUUCUUAUUCUAUUGAUGUUACCUUUAUGCAGUAUAAAGUCACCAACGUUCUUCACAAAAUUUAACUCUUUAGGCACUAUAGCUGUUAUCUAUAUUGUCAUAUUUGUCAGUGUAAAAGCAUCAAUUUGGGGAAUCAAUAUGGACUUCUCUAGUGCUACCCGAAUACCAGAAUUCAAGAUUCAGUUUCCUGCUUUGACUGGUACUUUAACUUUGGCAUAUUUCAUUCACAAUUGUGUGUUGUCUAUUAUGCGUAAUCAAAAAAACCCCAAAAAUAAUUCACGUGAUCUCAGCAUAGCUUAUCUACUGGUGGCAUUUACUUAUAUCUUUGUUGGUUCAAUGUUUUACGCUGCUUUCCCAAUUGAAAAAUCAUGUAUAAGUCAGGUUUUCCUGGAUAAUAUGCCAGCAAGUGAUGGCAUGGCAUUUGGUGCUCGUAUUGGUCUGUUCUUUCAGUUAGUCACAGUGUUUCCUCUCAUUGUUUAUAUAGUCAGAGUACAAUUUAUGCUUUAUGUCUUCGGGAAAUCAUAUCCUGGACCACUGCACGUUUUUGUUUUGAAUGCUGUUAUUAUUGCUUGCUGUGUUACGUGUGCUUGUCUUUAUCCCCAUGUUGGCACAAUUAUAAGGUUUGUUGGAUCUCUCAGUGGACUGGCUUACAUAUUCACAUUACCAUGUUUGGUAUAUUUAUAUAACAGGCAUAAGGAACAGGGAAGUCUCUCAUGGCUAAGCAUUGUAAUACAUUCAUUCAUCAUGCUACUGGGUGUACUGAAUUUAAUAUCACAAUUUCUUAUAUCAUGAUUCUGUAGACAUUGGUAUAGAUUAUUUUAUUAUCUUAUUAUUUUAUUGGGAUGGGAUUUUCUGAAGGUUUUACCCAGGAAUAAUUAUAAUAUUACAGAUUAUAUAAAUUUGUAAAUGUGGCCUAAAAUGUUCAUUUUUGUAAUUAUAAGUUUUUUAACUCAAUAAAGACUUAACAAACAGUGUAUAGACAACUUUAUAUAUCACAUGACUGUAGCAAAAUGAGAUACGUUACUUCUCAUAUUUUGGUUCAAUGCAAUCCCUGAGAAACAAACUAUAGCAUUCAGUCAAUUGCAUACACCUAAUUGACAUAACGUUGUCGGGUCCCAAAAGAUGAUUUCGUUAAAGCUAACAUCAAAGAGGAUUUUCAGAACCCAGAAAUCUAACUAACAUUGCCGAAUUAAACACGUUAUAUUAUUAUCAUUACUCAUAGAGAAGAUCACUUUAUUCACUGAAGGCAAUCUUCUGUCACUAAAACACUGUUAUAUUCAUAAUAUUUGUUUUCCCAUGAUCCCUUUCAGUCUUAGCUUUGCUAGUGUAACCUUUUCGAAUCCGACUACGUUUUUUCAAUUAGGUAUAUUUACAUUAUUAUACUUGAAACAUGGAAAGUGACGUCAUUAUCAUGUCACUGGUCUGCUGUAGCCUUAGCAUUUAAGAGAACUGAUCCCUUGGUUCUCAUUCAUUCACAAGCUUUAAUGACAACGUUGAUAAUUAUACAUGAUGACAUUAAAAGAUAUAUUAUGCAUAACAAUAUGACAUGCAUGAAGACAGUACGUAACGCUGUUGUAAGUUGACACGUUAAUUGAAUUUGUGAGUAGGUGGUUACACGAUUUAGUGGCUCGUUCUAACAGGCUCUCCUUUUUCCGCUUAUUCCCUUCCGUUUUCCCCCAUUCCCCCAUCCCCUAGAGCCACUACACAGGCUUAGCAAUGCUGUCGACGAUAUCCACUAUGAUGAUAAUCAAAAGAAACAUUGUACUUUGGUGCAAAAGGAAUACCGGUAUAUCAAAAAAGAUAAUGAAAAAGUUUGCAACUACUUUCUUGGACUAAAGAAACCAAAGAUAACUAGACGCUCUUGGAGCAUGAAGUCGGACUAGC